UUUAGGUGUUGUAGGGCCUGAAAAUGAAGUGUUUGUGCAGAAACUUCACUAGAGAAUUUUUAGCUUCUGAUUGAAGUCUAGAACUUAACCAAGGGACUUUUUAACUGCGAAAACAGAUGCUUCCAUUUGAAGCCUCUGAGGCAACAAAGAAGCUUGGCUUAGUAGAUGAAACAAAUUAAAGACUAGAAAACAAAAAUAGCACUGUCUUAAGUAGGACAAUUUUGUCAAUUCUAAAGGACUAGAAUUCUAUACUCACCAUCUUCUUCUAUGCAAAGCCAAAACCGGCCGGCCUGCAGAUGAUAUCAUUUCAGGUAACAAGGUGGCUGCAGCAGCGGAUUACUGUCGAAUAAAUUCGGUGUCGAUUACAUAUUCUGCAAAAUACUUAGAUGUCGCAAAUGAUGUUCUUCGACGACGAUAUCACUUCCGACAUCCUCGCCCGCCUGCCACCGAAGCAGCUUGCUCGAGCCCGCUGCGUCUGCAAGCGCUGGCGCUCCCUCACGUCAGACCACCACUUCCUCCAGAUGCACUUUGCCUGCAAUGCCAAUAACUCGAUCUCGGGCUUCUUCCUCCGCGGCCGCGUGAAUCACACUGAAUACUUCCCCCUGCAGGGUGAAGCUGCUGCCGCCGCCUCUGCUUUUCCCGAUCCUGCAUUUUCCUUCAUACCAUCAAUUCCAGAUGUAGACGGCGGCCAUAUCACCAUCGAAAGCUCAUGCAACGGCCUCAUCAUCUGCAGCCGCCCCAACCGCGAUGGACACUAUAAAUCUCUUCACUUCAUCUGCAACCCCAUAACCACGGAGUUCAUCGCGCUUGACAUACCGAAGGGUGGCGACCGGUACCUCAGCCUCGCCUUCGACCCCUCUAAAUCGCCUUACUACAAAGUAAUCGCUUUAGGAUUCAAAAUUCACAUCUACUCUUCGGAGACUCGUUCAUGGAGACAAGCCGACAUCGAUAGCAGCUCACUUGAUCAGUUUAAAGGGCUCCGAGCCUACCGAAGCGCCUUCUGGAACGGCUUACUGAUAUGGAUCGUCAGAGAUCAUCUUCUUUCGUUCGAUAUUGAAAGAGAACAAGUAAAGAGGCUACCAAUGCCCGAUCAUAGGCCAGAGAAUUGGAAUUGCCAUUAUAUCGGAGAAUCAGGAGGGUUUCUUCAGAUGACUGGGUACACAAAGGAGCAGAAACUCACAGCUUGCUUUGAUGUGCUAGAGAUGGGUGUCGAUUGUUCGGGGUGGUCGGUGUUGUACCGCAUAGAUUUAAGCCAUAUAAAAGAACUGUACCCUGAGAUACAGAUGAAGGUUCGCGUUCCACGUCCAGGUACGCGGAGAUCGGUGAAUAUAGUCGAUCAUCUGGCACUUUCGCAUGUAUAUGUUGUCAGAGGAAGAGGAGGAGCAGAGAAAGGGGGGAUGCUGCUGUUCGGUAUACCCGGAAAGAUUAUGUGCUAUGACGUAGCUAAGAAAGAGUUUAGGAUCGUCUGCGAGGUUUCGAUCCCUUCCCCGAGUAGUUGUUUCUCGGAGUAUAGUUGGUACAUGUUCUACCCAUAUAAUCACAGCUUGUUCACUCUGUGAGUUGGUUCAGUAGGCUGCAAAGAUCGUCAAUUCUAUCGUCCAUCACUACUUUGAGAUUUGAGCACUGCACGUGAUGGACGGUGGAUUCGACGGUGAAUGGGAUGGUUCCCAUAAGCAGAUAUUUGAGUGUGAUCCGAUGACGGUCGACAAUAAAAUUCAGUGAGUGAUCUCUAAAUUCUUGCUACUUUCGUUGUUCAAGCCGGUAUUCAAUACUGGCAGUUUCUGAAUUUGCAGCGUUAUAUACGUUCGUCUGGUUAUCACAAAAUCUGAAGCGCGAUUGAUAUUAUUCGGAAUCAAAUCGCAAUAACUAUUGCAACAUAACUGCAGAAAAAGUAAGAUCACAUAUGGAUCUGAAAGGAAUCUCUCAUCAUUUCAAUAGCCUCAGGCCAUGUUCUAUCAAUCCAUCCUUGCGGAGGCCCCAUUUGUGGCCAAUUUGCUGUGAAGCAAUCCAUGUGCUGAUGUGCAUAUAAACCAAAGUAGUAAGAUGUAACUUUCCAUUUAUUUGUCACACAUAGAAACCAUGUUUAGUUGUCGAUUAAAAA